AGGUUGGCUUGGUUCAAGGUGGCUUAGUUAUUAGCCAACGAAGAAGUGACGUCAUGUACCUACUUUUCAAUACUUUUCAACACUGCUCAACUACCCCUUUAAACCAACCAGUACUAGUAUUUCUUCCGUGUACGAUAACGCAAUUACACCUCGAAUAUGUCGCCAUCGCAACCCAGUCCCCAAAUGACGAACGACCAGGCCGCGCAAUCCAGUGCGCCGACGGCUCAUCAGCCCGUCCAGACGACACAACCCGUCGCACUUCAAGCAAUGGAUCCUCAGCGCCCUCAGCCUGAACAACCCGAUUACGGAAACUUGCGCGGCGGAGAUCGUAGUUCGUGCUGUCCGGGCCGUUUCUGCUUCUGUAUCCCCUGCCCGCUACCAUGCGAUUUCUGCAUCAUUUAAGCACAUAUCGUUUAUCAUGGUAUCACCACGGCUGUUAUAGAUGACUUGAUGACUUGGUCGCGGGCGUUGGUUGGCUUCUCUUCAGGCUCGGGUAUGAACUGGAAUCAUGAUGUCUUAUUGGCUUAGGUUAGGGGUCCCGACGGAAUGAAGAUUCUAUUAUUGUCACAUAUUCGGGAAUUACGAUCACCAGAUAUGAUAGAUCCUUCAUAGUUAUUAUAUAUAAUUGCCCAUUAAAAAUCAUCUUAUGUCAAUAUCUUCACCCUCCAGCAACGUUGAUAGGCAAGUCUCCCACAGGGGCCGAGCUCUAAAUAUCUUAGCGCCGCUUUCAUUCGAUAACAUAUCAAGCAAAACUUGUUGAACUAUCAUAUAAUUACUUGGCCAUGCUCACCUUUACUAGGUAGUUUCCUCUGCUUCCUUGUAUAUUUCCCUGGCGCCACUUCAGAAGACCCCGAAAGAUGAGGAUGGUUCAUGAUAUCUACAAGAUAUAAAAUUAUCGGUGGCUAUUAUG